UCUUGCAAUAGGCAUAUCGCAAGCCAGUGAGAGAGUUUAGCAAAUAUCGCCAUGGAAAUGGGAGUUCAAACUGUUCACAAAGCUGUGUUACUGAUAGAGAUACUUGUUGCAUCACUACCUGCUUUCAUGUCCAUGAAGGAAAGCUCAGAUCCCUCUUCACUUCCCUCCAACUUUCUCUUUGGUACUGCUUCCUCUUCCUAUCAGUAUGAAGGGGCUUACAUAACCGAUGGUAAAGGGCUCAAUAACUGGGACGUUUUCUCGCACACUUCAGGCAACAUAGAAGAUGGAAGUAAUGGAGAUGUUGCAGUGGAUCACUACCAUCGCUAUCUGGAAGACAUAGAUCUUAUGGAGUCCCUUGGUGUUAACAGCUACAGAUUCUCAAUUUCAUGGACCAGAAUUUUGCCUAAAGGGAGAUUUGGAGAUGUAAACCUGGCCGGCAUCAACUUCUACAACAACGUCAUUGAUGCUCUUCUAGCUAAAGGGAUUCAACCAUUCGUAACAUUGCACCAUUUUGAUGUUCCCCAAGAGCUUGAAGACAGAUAUGGCAGUUGGCUAAAUCCAGAAUCACAGGAGGAUUUUGCAUAUUUUGCAGAUAUAUGUUUUAAAUCAUUUGGAGACCGGGUAAAGUACUGGGUCACCUUCAAUGAACCAAUUCAAGUUACAUUUGGUUACCGUACCGGUAUAUUCCCACCAUCUCGAUGUUCCAGGCAGUUUGGAAAUUGUAGUGAUGGAGAUUCUGAUGUAGAGCCAUUUGUUGCUGCUCAUAAUAUUAUCCUAAGUCAUGCAGCUGCAGUUCAUCUUUAUAGAAACAAAUAUCAGAAAGAGCAAGGAGGUAGCAUUGGGAUUGUCUUACACAUGGGAUGGUAUGAACCAAUCAGCAAUUCCACAGCAGACAAGUUAGCUGCUGAAAGGGCUCAUUCCUUUGCUACUAAGUGGUUCUUAGAUCCAAUUAUAUAUGGGAAAUAUCCAACCGAUAUGGAAAACAUUAUUGGAAAUGUCUUGCCAAAGUUUUCUAGUAAUGAUGUAGAGAGGCUGAAGGUGGGAUUGGAUUUUAUUGGCAUCAAUCAAUAUUCUGGUUUCUACGUCCAAGAUUGCAUCUCUUCUCCCUGUAAACCAGGAUUGGGCUCCUCCAGAACAGAAGGUUAUAAUCUUAUAACUUCAGAAAGAAAUGGUGUCCCCAUUGGAGAAUCUGCAGGGUUAGCUUGGCAGAAAGUUUACCCACAAGGAAUGGAAAAAAUAGUUCUCUAUAUAACGGAGAGAUACAAGAACAUACCCUUGUUCAUUACAGAGAACGGGUACAGCGAGUAUAACAGUCCAAAUUUAACCACCCCUGAUUUUCUCCACGAUGUCAAACGAGUGGAGUUCAUGACUGGCUACAUAGAUGCCCUGUUGAGAGCAAUGAGGAAAGGAGCAGAUGUGAGGGGGUACUUCGUGUGGUCCUUGCUGGACAACUUUGAGUGGGCUCAUGGAUAUACAAUAAGGUUUGGACUUUAUCAUGUUGAUUAUGCAACACUAAAGAGAAGUAGGAAACUAUCAGCAACUUGGUACAAACGGUUCAUUGCAGAGCAUAAGGUUAAAUCCCCAUUAAUGCCAAGACGUCAUGGAAAACAUUCCCAAUAUUAGGGAAUAGAGAAUAGAAUAUAUAUUGAUUUAUAUAUAUUUGGUGAAAUAAUAUAAUAUAUCUAUAGAUAUAUGUAUAGAGAAUUUUUCAUCAUUACAAUAAUAAUUUCGCCCCUCACCUUCAAUAUGAUCAUGAAACUGUCAAUGUAAUGAAACCAGUCCCUCAGGACAGUUCGAUAAAAAAGAUCCGCAAAUUAAAGCUUUACAAUUAAGAUCUUAGUUUAAUUUACUUUUUCCGAUGCAAUUAAAGACAAUUAAAAUAGAUCCUUAAUGAAAUUGGAAAAAAUAUAUAUAAUUCCUAUCAGAAUUAUAUUGUUAGUUUUAGAUAAUUUUCCUAUGUUUAUUUAUUUGUAAAAUAUACCAUAUCAUAUUUUUAUUAUAUUCAUGGAAGGCUCUAAAUUCGAGUAAUCCUAAUGGACAAAAGAAAAAAAAUGAAAAGCAGAGCCCUUUCUAUGUCCUAGCUAGAUAACACAACACAAGUGAAUUACCAGUAUUUUAUUUUUCUUUUUUUUUGGUUAAGAGUGAAUUACCAGUAUUUUUUAUGAAACAAAAAUUACAAGGCCAAGCAUAAGCUUCGCCUCCUGGACAGAAACCAUGCUUGCUAACUCUGUGCUUUAGCAACUUUCUAACUUUCGAAUCCCACCACCCACCAAGCCGUACAUGCAGGCCUUGCAUUUGAUUUUGAACAAAUAAAUUAUAUGAAGUUGCUUUUAAAACAAUUACUAGCACUUCAUAUCGAUGAGAGCCUCACCAUAUUGAGCUUUUCACCCUUUUCUUAUUUUUUUUCUUCCCGGCCUCG